CCCACCCCGCCACGUUUCCCCCCUCCAAAUUUAUGAGGAACUGGCCACCUUUGUUUUAAAUGAAAGCAACAAUUGUUGUGUGCUAAUGAUUCCGGGUGCAAACACAGCCGUGCAGAUUUUUAGUCCCACCACCACCCCUUCAAUUCUACACAGAGGCUUGAAUGAAGCUUGAAUGUUUGUGUAUUUAUAACAUCUUCCAUCUCUUUCUAACACACAUUUUGUGGAGUCUUGAACUGUGAGGAAGUGCUGAGUUGUGUUCCAGUCUGUGUGAUGUAAAUACCUGACUUCAUCUUUGCAUACUAAUUUUCCAGUGUAUUUCUCCCUCCCUUCAUUUCCUUCCCCAUGUGUGCUGCUGAUGUGAAAUAUCAUAAACCGUCUAUGGCUAAAGUUCUGUUGAGGAAAGUCUUGAGGACCACAAGUAACCGUCUUGUCUUACAUUUUGUGCAGGUCUGCAAGGAGAGCCCCCCAUAUACUUCAUGGUAAAUGCUGAACAAGGUCAAGAUCCUUCUGCUUCUGGUUGGUUCCCGCUAAGCAAGCAGCAGCCAGAGGCACUGGAUGUGAAUGCCCAGCCCAGAGCGGAACUGGAGUUCUUGGUGCGGGAUGGUCCUUCAAGCAACAGCUCUUUCCACAGCAGUGAGGGAGAAGGGACUGACCAUGAGGGGGACCUCUUGGAUUGCAGUGGGUCCAGACCUCUGCUCAUGGACUCUGAAGAAGAGGAGGAGGCUUGCAAAGCAAACCCACCCCAUGAGGAAAAAGGGAGCAUUCCCCAAGAAGGCUUGAGCCCACAGCUUCCUCAGAGUGGGAUGGUGCAGGUACCACACAAUGCUUUCCAGCUGCCACUUGGAGAAAUGUUUGAGGAGCAAGACGUCUUUGCCACAGCUCCUUUCCGAAGCUCCAGAACCUUCCACGAGGACCUGGACAUCUUCACCAAAGCGCCCUUCAUCUCCAAGAGCCACGUGGUUGCAAAGCAGCUGGAUGACGGUGACGUGUUCCUGAGGGCCCCGUUCACGAAAAAGAAGAGCCAGGAAGAGCUGGUGCUGCCCAGCGUUGCUAAGGAAUCUCCUAGCCCCGUGGCAUUCUUAGCUUCAACUGGAGCUGGCCAGUAUGGGCUUAACUCUGCGUUCCAGAACCUGGAGGUGGGAGUGCCUGGCGUGCCCAUCUCCCAAGGCCCGUACUCUGCCGCCUCAUUUGCCCAGCCAACCCGGGUUCUGCCGCAUUCCAUACGAGCAAAUGAAGGUCCAGACACCAUUCCUCCCAAAGACGCCUCAAGAGAGCUGGGCAGUGUUCCGAACGACAUCCUCCAAGGACACGCCCUCCCACAAGAACCUCUCUUGGGUUCAAAGGCCAGCAAGCCGUUCCGUCCUCAGUCGUUGGCGAAAUACUCGCGUCACUAUAGUCCAGAAAGGAUUCCGGCUGUGGAGGUCCAGCCCAUCGCAGCUUACAAAGUGGUCUCCCAAACCCACAAGCAAGCAAUUGCCGGGUCUGUUUCUAUUGCCUCUCUUUCUUCCAGGACUAAGGAACUGCCCAGCUCUGACCCCUUUGCCUCUGCACCGUUCCCUUCUAAACUGGGAAAGCAGAAUCCUUAAUCUACUGGGACAGGGUAAGUGUCUUUGAAUAUAUUGCCCUGUGAAGAACUCAGAAGCCGUAAGACACUCCAGAGCUAUAAGAGACGUAUGUCCAAACUCCAGUUGGUUGGGAUAAGUCCUCUGAAUCAUAAUGAAGGUGCUGGUUUGGGGCUGUUAACUGCCACACAAUGGUUUGGGGUAUUUUUGUUGGUUUUUAAACAUGUGCUUCUUAAGAUACUUUUUCCUCCUCCAUUUCCCCUCCAAUUUUUUUUUUUGUGGGGGACAGGUAACUAUUUAAGCUAGUAAUCAGAGUGAAUUUACUGGGUAGGACUAAUUACCUCCUUGAUAUUAGCACUGGCUAAUGACUCCACAUCAUGUCAACACUACACCAAGAACGUUCCAGAAGAAAAUGGUACCCAGAUGGAAGAUUUUCCUGACCGAGGGAGGACGGAAUAUACUUUUCCAGUUGUUGCUAGUAGCUCUUAUUCCAGGACCAGUAACUGCCAAUUUAAGAUGGAAGUCUAGUUCUACAAUACGAGUGUGUGUGUGUGUGUGUGUGUGUGUGUGUGUGUGUGUGUGUGUGUGUGUUUGUAUUUUUUUUCCACUGGAAGCUGUUCAUGUCUGAUUGUCUUAAGCCCUGCUUGCUUUAGGUGAGAGGUGAAGGUUUUGGGUAACAGCUCCCCCAGUGACACUAAUGUAAUGCACAUCUACUUGAAAGUAAGACCUAGAACUCGGGUGGGGAGGGGGACUGUCCUCUGGGUGGCCUGCUGUGGCUGUUCCUGGACGUCUUGCCCUGUGUGGAAAGGAAAGUGCAGAAAGCCUGCAAACGUUGUGACAUGGCAUUUGCUUGCUUCUUAAAGGAGGGCGUAACUUUAUCACUUGAUACACAACACUUGCAAAAAGCUUCUUCUCUUAUUUGUGUUGGAUCCAAGUCAGAUGAGAUCAGUGGAGAAAGUUUUGACCUCCAUGCUCCCUCUGACCUUGGUGAAACUGUUAGUGAUUGGGGUGAUAGGAUAACCCCCUUUGAUGAAAGGGCUGAGGUUUCUCAGCUUCCUGUCUUCAAGGAAUCCAUUCCAUGUGGUCUUUUGAGGCACCCUGUCCAUCUGUCACAAUCCCGCCCCCCACUUUGCUGAGGAUUUGGGGUGGGGGCACCCUUGGUUGAUGGAGGCACCAGGUUCUCUUACUGAGCCUUGCUUAUAGUGCCGCAUGAACUGAGUGAAGACAUCCAGCUCUCUUCCCUGUCACUGUGUCCCUAUAGUGGGUGGGCAAGCUGUCUUUCAGGGAAGUUUAUCCUCUGUUUCUGAUCCACGCCCCCUCCACUCCUCAUUGGGAACCCCCUGCAAAACAUUAAAAAAAAAUGCACCGCUUCCUGGAGCGUAGUUGGAAAACCACUGAUGAGAGGCAUUUAUGAGUUACGUUCUACAUACAGAAGUGAAUUCGCAAUAAUUUCUGGUGCAGUUCCUUUUCUGGCAUGUUUUUGAAGCCCAUAUUCAAACAUACCAGCAGUACUAGAGAGUACAACAAAGGCACUCAAGCAUCCUUUAUUUAUUUAUUUUUUUGUACCGUAUAUUUGGGGGAAAGAACUUCAGCUCUCUGCUUUGUUUUGUUUUUAAAGGUAUCCCCUAGUGCAGGAGUGGCCAACCUGAGACUCUCCAGCUGCUGGACUACAGUUCCCAUCAUCCUUGGCUGCAGUUUAUUGCAGCUGGGGAUGAUGGGAGCUGUAGUCCCACAACAGCUGGAGAUCCUCCGUUUAGCCACCCCUGCCAUAGUUCAUACCAUGAAAAAACAUGAUCUUGGAAUGGGGCUGGUGUGAACUUUAAUCCUGACUCCAAUCAGUUUUGAAACUCCAAUUUCAACAAAGCAUUGAAUGAAUGAAUGAUAGACCCACAUGUGUUCUUCGCUGCUGUUCUAUGAAGGACGAUCUAUCCGUUUUUAACAGACAAUCCAAUAAGCUGUUGAAUUGCAGAACUGAGCUGUGAGGGGUAACCCUUGGUUAAUGUAGAAAAUGACCAGUUCACCCACAGAGGUCAGUGUGUGUGGUGCCUUUUUGAGGAGAGGGGUCUUCGCAUCCCUAGGUAACGGAUGUGGCUAGGCCCACAUUUUGAGAGAAAUCCUGCCAGCUGUGUUCCUUUAACACUGCAGUUUUACCUCUAAUCCUUUGUAAAAGUAUUUUUAAGGACACCCUCUGGAGGGCUUGUCUACUUUCCUCGUGUGAGCUGAGGCAAGGAUUUGGAGUGCCAUUAAGAAUGCAGAGUGAGGGACAGAUCUGGCCCAUGGGGUAUGAUCCAUUGGGAAGUUUUCUUGCACACUGCCCAUUGAAAGAAAUUGGGGGCUAUGCAAGAGCACAGUGGCUUGCAUGGGACCACUUCCUGGUGGGGAGGGAAAUCUGAGCUGCUCUUGAUGGGACUGGAUCUUUUGUUGGGUUCUCAAACUCCGUCUCCAGCUGCCUUCUGUAAUCUCUUGCCCUCGAUGCACAGGAAUCUGUCUUGGGUAUUGAGAAGAGACUCUGUUACUACAGCUAAAGCUGGGGUUCUCAACCCCAGAUCCUGAGAUAAUAGAACAUAAGAGCAGCUCUGCUGGAUCAGGUCCAAGGCCUGUCCAGGCCAGCAUCCUGUUUCCCACAGUGGCCCACCAGUUGGCUCUGGGGAGCCCACAUGCAGGAGAUGGAGGCAUGACCUCUCUCCUGCUGUUGCUCCCCUGGAACUGGCGUUGAGAGGCUGGAGAUGGCCUAUAGCCACCAGACGAGUAGCCAUUGAUGGGCCUGUCCUCCAUGAGUUUGUCUAAGCCCCACUGAAAGCCAUCCAAGCUAGUGGCCGCCACCACAUCCCAUGGCAGAGAAUUCCAUCGAUUGGUUAUACCGUCUGUGAAAAAGGCCAUUGAGGCUGAGGUGAUGGGGGUUGUCCAACAUCUAGGUACCCAAGCUUGCGAGCCUCAACUAGAGGGAUCCAUAGAGUGGCGGUUUGAGGCAGGCUGGGGGAUCUCUACUCUUCUCGUAAGGACCCUUUUUGUAAGCUGACCGUGAAAGGCCUUUACAUUUUUUACCUUUCCUAAUCCUGUUUAACUUUAAAGUAUGUUACCACAGGCCCUUGGAUCUGUGCCUUGGCUGUCAAACCAAGAGGACUUGUCCUGUCGAGGCUGACCAGGUCUGAUAAUGUGAUCACUGAAAGGCCUUUUCCAGCCUGCAGCUCUGCAGGACUGUAAAUAGGAAUCCUAACCGGCAAAUCCAGCUACCUGGCAGAGGAGAUGCUUUUUAAUGCAGCAGCAGCUGUACCAAGGGGAUUGUACCUGUGCUCAACCUGCCAUGAGUGUUCAUCACCGGGGCUGAACACCAGCACCUGGUUCUUGCAUGCAUUCACUUGAACAAUCACAGCAUUUGUAGGCUAGCUGGGAAGUGCCUCUGAGCAUGUACAGCAGGCCCUUCCCUCCAGUUGCCAUAAGCAUCAGGGUUUCCAGAACAGCUUGAGCUCUGGAUUCCCCUCUUCUCAUGUAUUAAUUUGCUGUUAGUGCUGCUAAGACAGUUUUGGAUAGCAAAGAAAGCAGCUUGGCUCUCAAUGUAGCUUACAUCGGACGGGUUAUUCCGCUCUGUCUGGAGUCGUCAGUUCAUUGUUCACUACCUCCUCUCUUAAGGAGCUCCUGUAUCUUGAGCUUAGUGGUUUUGUUCUUAUAUUGUUUUCAGCUAACACGAUGUUGCUUGUACAGCCAACAUGGCUUAAAACCACGGUUCUCAGCCACAGAUCCCCAGAAGUAGCUGGACUACAACUCCCAUCAUCCUUAGCUCCAGUGGGGCUAGGGAGGAUGAGAAUUGUAUGCAACAACAUCUGGGGAUCCAAGGCUGAGAACCUCUGGCUCGAAGGAAGGAAGGAAGGAAGCACUUUGGUGCUGUUUGGAUGACUGUGAGGCCUCCUUGGGAAGAAUUCUUGAAAACACGGAGACACACAAACGUUUGCACUGUUUUGCUUGAAAACUGGAGCCUCAUUAUGGAUAUUGCUUUUUUAAAUAAAUCAAGCUAGGUGGUUGCUUAGCUGCGGUGUGUGUACUGUUUCCUAGCAAAUCAAAUCCAAGGUCCACCCUGGGGGAAACCACAGCGUGUUUCUCUCCAAAGUAUUCCUCACCCCAUUCAUAUGAACAUUCCAUGAUGUGUUUGUGUUCUGGAAUAUAAAGCUUGCUCAAAAGGUUAAAACUGGACCAUAGGAAAGAGGAUGGCUAGAAUGCCCUCCAUAGGAAAUGCAGACCGAGGUAUCCUUCCAGUGUUAUGGCUCUCAGAGCACAAUUCGGAGACUGAGCAGCAUGUGUUACUGACGAUGGCGUACCCUGUCACUCAGCAAUGUAUUCUGUAUGGCCCAUGGGUCUAUUGAGUGGAAAUAUACAGACAUCUGGCUGCUGAAGUCUCUGAAUUAUUAUUCUUAUUAUGUUUGUUGUUAUUAUUAUUAUUAUUAUUAUUGGUGCUUAAGCAAUGACAAAGUAGUAUCUCCAGAUCUAAUUUUGGCACCAUUAUUAAGAGAAAUUCCAGCAGUGUUCCUAUCAGUUAUGAACUUUGCUUCUGGUAUAAGUUGGGUGCCUUUAGACUGUUGCAAAAAUCAGACGUCACUCCAUGAGAGGAAAGCAUUUGAUUACCCUGUUAAAUUAGUAAUGCACAUUAUCAGGAAAACAAUGGUACUCCAGCAGAACUGGAUGGCGGACGGCAGGCAAAAUCCAAAGCUGAGUGGGGCGCUCUUCCUCGCAACAACCUUUCCAUUCCAGUAUUGGGAAACACACCUCCACAUCAUCCCUGAAAAACUGUGUGUCUGUAGCAUCACUAAGGCUAGCUUGCUCCUUGCUUUUCCCCAUGUUCCUGGGUCAAUCAGCUGAUGUGUGUAAAUGUAGGUGUAACAUUUCCACUUGAUGUAUCCUCAUCCAGGAGCACAGAAUCAAGAUUGGACCCAAAUAGUGAUACAUGAAGCUGAAAUACAGGGUAGCUCACUUAGUUUGCUCUACAGCAGGGUUCCCAACGGCGGAUCCCCAGAUGUUGUUGGACUAGGACACCCAUCAUCCCCACGCAUCCCAGAUGUUAGUCCAGCAAUUUCUGGGAACCCCUGCUUUAAGAACAUAAGAACAGCCCUGCUGAAUCAGGCCCAAGGAAGCCAUUCCAGUCCAGCAUUCCAUUUCACACAAUGGCCCACCAGAGGGCUCUGAGAAGUCCACAGGCAAGAGGUCGGGGCAUGCCUUCCUUCUUCCUGAUGCUCCCUUGCAACUGGUAUUUAGGGGCAUCUUGCCUCUGAGGCUGGAGAUGGCAUAUAGUCACCAGACCAGUAGCCAUUGAUAGACCCAUCCUACUUGAAUUUGUCUAAGCCCCUUUUAAAGCCAUCAACCUAGUGGCCAUUUGUCAGUCCUAAAAUUCCCAGCCUUCAGUUUCAUGGGAUGAGCCCUGGUUCUAGUGUUUUUGAGAGAGGGAGAAAGAUUUCUCUCUGUCCGCUCUCUCUCUAAUCCAUGCAUAAUUUUAUAUACCUUUAUCAUGUCUCACUAUAGUUGCCUCUUUUCCAAAUUAAAAAGUCGCAGAUGCUGUAGCCUUGCUCCAGGCCCCUUUUCCAGUAUCUACAGUGUCCUCCUUAAGAUGCGGUGACCAGAACUGCACACAGUACUCCAAAUGUGGCUGCACCAUAGAUUUGUAUAAGGGCAUCAUGAUAUUAGCAUUUUUAUUACCAAUCCCCUUCCUAAUGAUCCCUAGCAUGGAAUUUUCCUUUUUCACAGCUGCCGCACGUUGACACUUUCAAUGAGCUGUCCACCAUGACCCCAAGAUCCCUCUCCUGGUCAGUCACUGACAGCUCAGACCCCAUCAGUGUAUAUAUGAAGUUGGGGUUUUUUGCCCCAAUAUGCAUCACUUUACACUUGUUUACAUUGAACCUCUUUGCCAGCGUAUUUCCCACUCCCCCAGUUUGGAGAGAUCCUUUUGGAGCUCCUCACAAUCUGUUUUGGAUUUCACUACCCUAAAUAGUUUGGUGUCAUCUGCAGCUUUGGUCACUUGGUUGCCUACCCCAACUUCUAGAUCAUUUAUGAACAAGUUAAAGAGCACUGGUCCCAGUGCAGAUCCUUGGGGGACCCCAUGUCUGUCUUCCCUCCAUUGUGAAAACUGUCCAUUUAUUCCCACCCUCUGUUGUCUGUCCUUCAACCAGUUACCAAUUCACACAUAUACCUUUUUCUUUAUCCCAUGACUGCUAAGUUUACUCUAGAGCCUUUGGUUGGGAACUACUGCUUUUGAUAUAUUUAAAGAAGUUUUUGUUAUUUCCCCUUGACACUACUAGCUAUAUGCUCCUCAAACUCUCUUUUUGCAUCCCUUAUUGUCUCCUUGCAUUUCCUUUGCCAGAGUUUAUGUUCCUUCCUACUCUCUUCUUUUGGGCAGGACUUCCAUUUUUGGAAGGAAGUCUUCUUCCCUCUUAUAGCUUCCCUGACUCUACUUGUUAGCAAUACUGGCAUCCUCCUGAAGUUGAUGGUACCUUUCCUUUUUCUUGGUAUACAUUCCAACUGAGCUUCUAUUAUUGUAGUUUUGAAUAAGUUCCAUGCUUUCUGGACCCUCCUGACUUUCCCUUUCAGCUUCCUUUUUACCAGUCCUCUUAUUUUUGAGAAGUUUCCUCUUCUGGAGUCCAACGCAUCUGUGUUGGACUUCCUUGGCAAUACUCCACUCACAUAUAAGGUUGAUUGGUUCUGCAACCAACUGUUCUAAGGCAUAGUCAUUUAGCAUGUCUAGAAAUUUGGCCUCUGUCAAUACCCGGAUAUGAAUUUGCCCAGUCUAUGUGAGGGUAAUUGAAGUCACCCAUUAUUACUGCUCUGUCUCUCUUUGACACUUCUGAUUUGCUACUCCAACGGUCACUCUCAGCGUUCUGAUCUGGAGGGCGAUAGCAUGUCCCUAGUAGCACAUUUCCUUUCAGUCCUCGUAUUGUCACCCAUAAUGAUUCUGUGGAGGACUCCGGUCCUUCUAGGUUUUCUAGCUUGUUGGAUUCUGUCCCUUCUUUAACAAAACUGCUACUCCUCCCUCAAUCCUCCCUUUCCUGUUCUUUCUGUAGAGCUUGUAUCCAGAUACAACAGUGUCCCACUGGUUCUCACCAUUCCACCAGGUUUCUGUUAUGCCCCCUACAUCUAUGUUUUCAUUUGCAACCAAGCACUCCAGCUCAUCCAUCUUGGCUCGGAGGCAUCAAGCACUGGUAUAUAAGCACCUAUAUGCCGAGUCUCUUAUUUGGCAUUGGCAUGUGCUAUCCCCCUUACUGCCACUUGACCUUUUUGACCAGCUGUCAUUUGUUUCCAUCUGCUCCACUCCUGGUUCUAAUCUGUCCCCUUCUGGUUUAUGUGAAAGGUUUUCACCCUCACACCUUGGGUGAUUUUGCUUGUCAAACCAUAUACCUCCCAGGUGUCCUGUUGGCAAUCUCCCAAACUGCUCUGCAACCAUUUUGAUGUUAAGCACCAGCAUUGGUUCAAGUGGAGCCCGUCCCUUUUGCACAGGCUUCGCUUGCCCCAAAAUGUAUCCCAGUGCCUAACAAAUCUAAUCCCCUCCUCCCAGCACCACCGUCUCAUCCACACAUUGAGACUCCCCAGCUCUGCCCAUCAGUAGCACUUCAGAGAACGCUAUCUUGGGGUCCUGGUCUGGACUUCAAUAUAUUACCUAGCAGCCUAAAUUUGGCUUCCAGGACCUCCUGAUUGCAUUUCCCACCAUUGUUGGUGGCAAUGUGCAUCACGACAGCUGACUCCUCCCCAGUACUGCCUGUCUAGAUGUCUGUGACCUUCACACCAGGCAGGCAAGUCACUGUGCGGCCUACAUGUGGGUCACAAACCCACAUCUCUCUAUGCCCCUAAUGAUCGAAUUACCCACUACUAGGAGGACUCUUAGUAAACAUGUAAGUAGUAAACCUUCCUAGUAAGAUGAUUCCUCUAAAACACAAGAGAAAAGCAGAAAGGUGUGGUCAGCUGUUGACCUUGCAUCCUAUUCUUCAUAACAGCAAAGAGCAUGCCAAGGGGUUUGGGGGAAACCAGCUUCUUCCUUCAUUUUGCUGCCCAUCAAAUCCUGCAGCAAUGUGGCCUUGCUUAGCUUGAGGAGUCCCUGGUCCUCAAGAUGCUGCCUUCUUGGGGGCAGAAGGAGCAGCCCUACGGUUAGGCCGAGUGAGGCGGCAGAAUGUUGAGGCGCUGAUCAAAGGCAGAAAGUUGGCUUUUGGUGCUGGUCCCACUGGGGGGGUUCUGCCUCCACCACCAAAAUGUUUUUGCCUAGCAAAGCUUGUAUUUUCAGACUCUGGACUAAACUUGGGCUUCAAGCCCAGUUCUCAGUUGUGUGACUUAACCCUUGUGUGGAACCAGUUCCAGCAUAAGCUUGAUCAGUAUGAGCUGGUGAAGGAAGAAGAGGUGAAGUUCGUCUCCAAGUAAGUGACUUCUCCAGUGUCUUCGAGGACACUGGAGACCCGAGGGGUUGGUGUGUGUGUUCCCAACCUUGGGUCCCCAGAUGUCUUUGGACCACCAUUCCGAUUGUGGCUGGGGAGGAUCGGAGUUGUAGUCUAACAACAGCUGAGAACCCUGUGUUGGGCACCCUGGCCUGAGACACUCCAUGGAUCUUUUUUCACAUUUCAGACUCCCUCCACCUUUCCCACAUCCUGUCCUAAGCAUAGCUGUACCCACAGUCACUGGUUUAUGUCUGGGGGAAGUAUAAUGUUGCAGGACCUGUGUGGACUUCAUCACAGUGAAAUCAUAAAUAGAUUUACAUGGAUUCAGCUGAGCUGCCACCAAAGACUAGUCAUGCUGGAAACUUGUUUUGUAUCUUUGUUUUAUUUUGCGUGGUUUUAAAUCAAGGUAUCUUCCAGAGUUGUCUUCGGUAUUGUAACAUUUUUGCUCAAUAAGUAUUUUGAUGCAACAGUUUUCUCUCUCUUUCUCUUUAUAUACCCAUUCCUAAACCUAGCUAUUGUGACUAUACCUAUGCCAUCGGUCAUUUGGCUGGUGGCUUUUUUGUGUGUUUGUGUUUAUUUUGGUUAUCUGUGUCUCUUUUGUGUGUGUACCAGGAAUAUUUUAACCGUUAUGAUGAAACUUGCCAGCUAUGAUAUUAGAGGGGCAAUCUUUGACCCUUUUUAAAGGGAUUAUUUCUCAUGGGGAAAGUAGAUGGUUUGAGAGGAAAAAGGAAAUGCUGUUACAGAUGUUUAUAAUGCAGACAAUAAAGAUCACGGUGGCCCAUUCCACAGGCAGCUCAAAUUGCCUUGACUGAACUGGCAGCUUGAGAAUGAGUGGGUUAUUUAUCUCUUUUUCCCUGCUAAUGUGGAACUGUUGAAGUGUGCAAUUAUGGAUUGUAAGACCAGUGAUUUUGCUCCAAACUCCUGUUGAUACAGUCAGAACUUGAUGGUGUGGGAAACACCUCUCUGACCUACUGAGCUGCUUGGAGUCCCUCUGGGGUUUUGUUUCACUCCAGUUGCUAUAGUCUUGAUGAAGAAAUGUUAGCGCUGAAAACUGUUGUUUGCUGUAUUAAAAACAAUCUGAUUUCAAGAA